AUGGCAAAGAAUGACCAGAAUGACCUCCCUCCUCCUUAUUUCCCAUCCAUAUAUCCCCCGCUCCCCCCCAGUGCCCAUGGAGAUCUGGUGUAUGGUUUAACACCUCCCUCUCAGCCCCACUACAUACCACAGUAUCCACCUGUUGUGAUUGUGCCUCAGGUCUCUCAACCAUUGCCUCCAAAAAGAAGCCGCUGUAGGAACAAUGCUCAGUGUUAUGGAGGAACUGGGGGAAUUCUACUGGUGCUCGGUCUCCUGGCACUGGCCAUAUGGCUUGGAGUACGGUAUGGCACUACGAUAGCAUCAAUAUACAACCAUACAGAAGAUUUAUAUUCUGAAUAUGACGAUGACAAUUCAGUCUCUAUACCAACACAUGACAUUUGCCCCAACACCACUGUCAACUGUGACGGCAUAAAGGAUUGUGUUUAUGGCACUGAUGAAUCUAUAUGUAUCAGACUUCUUACUGGCAACAGACUCCAGGUCAAAACAGCGGAGGAUGGCCGUUUCUUACCAGUUUGCUCCAGUAACUGGGUCAAAGCUUAUUCUGAUCAGACCUGUGCACAGCUUGGUUUUCAAAGCUCUUAUGAGACCAAAAUUCAAUCAGGGUACACAUCAAAGGGUCUUACGAUCACCUCAUGGGGGACCAAUCAGUUUAUCCAGGGUUCAGCCAGUGUCAUUCCUGAGUGUCCAGACGAACAGACUGUCUCCCUGCAGUGUAUAGAGUGUGGUCAGCAGAAGUCUGUUGCACGGAUCAUAGGCGGAGAACUGUCUAAACCAGGCGAGUGGCCCUGGCAAGUCUCUCUGCGUUACCAAAACUCACAUGUUUGUGGAGGAGUUCUUAUUUCUCGGAAUUUUGUGCUGACUGCUGCUCACUGUUUCUUGGGAACUGAGCCCAGUCCAGUUGCGAGCAAGUGGAAAGUCUAUGGUGGAGUGGUGUCCCUCGAUGCUCUUCAACAACCAUAUGAAGUCACCAAGAUAAUACUCAGUGAGGACUAUGACAACUCUACCAACGAUCAGGACAUUGCUCUGAUCAAGCUUGCAAUGCCGUUGAACUUUGAUGACAAAGUCCACCCGGCCUGUCUGCCCUCCCACGAUCAACAGUGGCAACAUGGAACUGAAUGCUUUACCUCAGGAUUUGGCACGACAGUUGCAUCAUCAAAUUCUGCCACAAAUAAUCUAAGGGAUGUAAAUGUGAAGAUCAUUGACACAGACGUGUGCAACACUCCUGGAUCCUACAGUGGGAGUGUCACUAAGUACAUGCUGUGUGCGGGACACAUGGAGGGAGGAAAAGACUCCUGCCAGGGUGACAGUGGUGGGCCUUUGGUGUGUGAAAAUAAUGGGGUUUGGACUUUGGCUGGAAUUACAAGUUGGGGAUCAGGUUGUGGCGAUAGGAAUAGACCCGGUGUCUACACUAGAGUGACCAGUGUUCUCCCAUGGAUCUACAGCAAGAUGAUGCAAGAAAUGUCUUGA